UACGGUGCGGAAAAGCGCAGAGAACGCGACGCCAGGCUCGUGAGGAUCCAGGAGGCCAAGGCGACAACGCUCUCGCCCUGUCACUAGGGUUCCUUUAUGGGUCCAGCAGAUAGCCAGUGCUGUAAAACACCUACUGGGAACUUGCCCUCAGAACUGUGAUGGUCCCGCACACCUGCAUUUGUAAGGUGAAAUCAAGUGGAUCAGGAGCGCAAGGUCAACCUCAGCUACACAGAAUUCUAGGCCAGCCUGAGCAGCACAAGACCCCUUCUCAAACAAGAGAACUGUAGUGAAAGAGCUGAGCAAACUAAGUGAAGGGGAUUAAUCCACAGACCCGAGGCUGGCCUGCACUACCAGGAUAGACUUCCGAACCCAACCAGCCUAUGCCUGCAUUUUCUGUGAACCUACGUGGUGGGGCAUGGGGACCAAGAGCUGAGCGGAGGCCGGAACCUGCGUGAGUGCGGGGGCAGGGUGAUGACGUCAUGACCGAGAGCGAGGCUGCGCGGACAAGACUGGCGUCAGUGGGGCCCCUUGGCCGCCUGCGCACGGGCUCCUGCGUCAGUGGCACGCAGGGGCGGAGGCCCGCAGGGAGGGGACUGCGGAGAAGAGCGAGUACAUCUCCAGGUUUCGCGCGCCCUCUGCCGCCAUCCGGUGCACUUCUUUCCUGGCACGACCUCUCCCCAGCACGCACCGCAGCGGGCAUCAUGAAAUUUAAUUAUUUAUUUAGCAGCUUCUCAUGAUGUAGUCCUGGUUUGCUUCUUCUGGGCCUCGAAUGCUUGGCACCUGAUAUCAAGCCCAUAUCAUUUCCGCGCAAACAUUCCCCUCCUGAGGGAAUAUGUUCGUUUGCAGAAAGAACCGCAUCCCAAGAACCCAGAGUCGUUUGCUGUUAGAAGGCGAAGAAAACUACAAUUCCCAGAAUGACCCACCCGGCAUAGGAGGAUCCCACUUCUAGGCAUCACUGCAAGGGGUGGGGCCAAGGGAAAGUAUACCUCCCAGAAUGCUCAGCGCGUACUGCAUCGCGCAGCCUUCGGAGAAUCCUGUGCGCGUGCGUUCUUGUGGGAACUGCGCCUCCCAGAAGGCACCGCGCGUCGUCCUUCUCCCUCCCUGAAGGCCGCCUCGCUUGCCCAGUGUGUCGGCCGCCCGCGAAGCUAGAGUCCACUGACUUUUCCGCCACCAUGUUGCCCGCCUCACUGCUUCGUCACCCGGGCCUGCGCCGCCUGAUGCUUCAGGCGCGUACAUACGCCGAGGCCGCCGCUGCACCUGCCCCCGCCGCCGGGCCCGGACAGAUGUCCUUCACCUUUGCCUCCCCGACGCAGGUGUUCUUUGACAGUGCCAACGUCAAGCAAGUGGACGUGCCUACGCUGACUGGAGCCUUUGGCAUCUUGGCAUCCCAUGUCCCCACACUACAGGUCCUACGGCCUGGGCUGGUAGUGGUUCACACAGAAGACGGCACCACGACUAAGUACUUUGUGAGCAGCGGCUCCGUCACUGUGAAUGCCGACUCCUCUGUGCAGUUACUAGCUGAAGAAGCUGUGACACUGGACAUGCUGGACCUGGGGGCAGCCCGGGCCAACCUGGAGAAGGCGCAGUCAGAACUGUCAGGUGCGGCGGACGAGGCAGCACGGGCUGAGAUCCAGAUCCGUAUUGAGGCCAAUGAAGCCCUAGUGAAGGCCCUGGAGUAGGUGGUACCUACUGUCUGACACCCACGGGGAAACUGAGCCAGGUCCAGGCCGAUGAGAAGUUCCCAGUGGGCUGAAGUGGCCACCAGGGGUCAGCAGUGCUCCAGUUGCUGGGCUUAAAGCUUCCUGGUGCCUGUCUGCCAGGUCAUGGAGGAUUCCCCAAUCUGGCAUCCCCACGAUGCCUCUGGAGAGAUGGCCUUGAUUGCCCCUCAAAGCCACCUGAACCGUCGUCAACUUACCCAGCCUGUCUCCAUUAAACACCAGGAACCAA